AUGCCAUACCUUCCUAGUAACCUAUUUGGACCCCGAUAUGAACUACCACCAAAUCACCACAUUGGAAAACCAUUGCAAGACCCUUUUGGACCUUUAACCACAAUACGUUUACCUAUCCCAGGAGAGACACCAAUUGUUGUCAAUAAAAACCUAGAAUGGAAAGAAACACCUCUAGCUCAUGUGUACAAGGCACACCUUCCUGGGCUAAGGCACAAUGAAGUGAGAGUGGAAGUGGAAAAUAAUAGAGAGCUAUGUAUUAGUGGUGAAAAGUGGGUAGAGAGGGAAACAAGGAGCGGGAGGGGUCUCCUUGUGGAGCGUGUUAGAAGCCGUUUCAUUCAGCGCUUGAUGUUGCCUCAAAAUUCCAAUGUUCAACGUGUGAAGGCUUGGAUGGAAAAUAAUGGUUUGCUAAUUGUUUCUGUUCCUAAGUAUUAA